CACGAGGGGCCUUUUCAUCUUUAGGAGACCUGAAUUCUCAGGAGAAUCCUUUCUCAGGAUUAUAUGCUCUUUCAGAACCUAUAGAAAGUGUUCCUGCAGAAAACAAUACUGCAAAAAUUCCUUCUGAAGGAACUAUUUUUGAAGCAAACAUUACUGUGUUGGAUGAACCCACCUCUGAAAAUGCAACCUAUGAAAACGCUGCUGCAGAGGCUGUAGAUUCUGCUGUGACUCCUUUCAACAUAAUGCCAACUGUUCAACAAACCAAUGAGACACAAUGGGAAUACCUCAACUCGAACACUGACUCACAACCCAAGCCUGAAGACUUAUCCUACCCAUUGAUGGCAUCCCCAGGUGAUCAGUUUGAAAUUCAGCUAAACCAGCAACUUCGGUCCCUCAUCCCCAACAAUGACGUGAGAAGGCUCAUUUCUCAUGUUAUUCGGACUUUGAAAUUGGACUGCUCUGAACCCUAUGUGCAACUGGCCUGUGCCAAGCUCAUCUCCAGAACAGGCCUCCUGAUGAAGCUUCUCAGUGAGCAGCAAGAAAUCAAGGUGUCCAAGGCUGAAUGGGACACGGACCAGUGGAAAACUGAGAACUAUAUCACAGAAUCCCAGGGUGAUAACAAAGAGCAUGAGGAGACAAGUGAGCUCACAAAAGGAGUCCCCGGAUAUGGUUAUAACAACAAACUCAUCUUGGCAAUAUCUGUGACUGUAGUGGUGAUGAUUUUGAUUAUAAUUUUCUGUGUGAUUGAG